AAAAUUUUCUUUUUUUUUAUUUACUAGUUUAAAUAAAAAUGACAGGGUCACUAAAUAUUCUUGCUAUUGAUUUUAAACGCACUGAACGUAUUGGGCUAACGACAGCUCUUCGAGAGUAUAUUUCUUAUCAUUAUAAUGAUCACCCAGAUAAUUUUACAGACGAUUUUCGCGUUCUUGAUGAAUUGAGGACUGAUUGUUUAAAUUUGGAAGUACAUCAGAACGCUCUGCAUCGGCUGUUAAAAUAUUACGGACAAUUGGUUUUUAUCGGAUCAAAGUUUCCAAUUGAUUUCGGUAUAGAGUUUCCUUGGUAUUCAGCUUUUUCCGAUGAAAAAAAACCAAUUUCACAUCGUAAUUUUUUUUAUGAGAAAGCAUCUGUGUUAUUCAAUAUUGGUGCUAUGUAUAGCCAACUUGGCGUCUCUGAAAAUAGAACAACUCCUGAGGGAGUCAAAAGAGCAUGCCAGCACUUUCAAUAUGCUGCCGGAUGCUUCAAACAUUUGGAUGGAGUUAUAAUACCAGAAAUGCGUAUUACACCACCUUUAGAUAUGUCAUCCGAGACAUUAAACGUAUUGAUUAAUACAAUGCUUGCACAAGCUCAAGAAUGCUUUUGGCAAAAGGCUGUUCAUGAUAAAUACAAGGAUGGAACGGUUGCAAAAUUAGCUAGCCAAGUAUCCAUUUAUUAUGAAAAUGCACAUGAGAUAGCAUUAAAUAAUACAGAAAUUGCAAAGUUAUUUGGGCAAGGAUGGCUUGUGCAUUUACAAGUAAAAUCUUGGCAUUUUCAAGCUGCUGCAGAGUUUAGAAAAUCAUCUGAAUGCAUGAGUCAGAAUAAAUAUGGAGAAGAAAUUGCUAGGCUUCAAGUUGCUCAAGAAUAUAUUAAAAAGGGAUUAGACCAAAAGAGAAACUUACGCGAAGCUGUUGCAAAAGACUUGGAGUCCGUACAGACAGCUGUCCAAUCAAAUUAUAAUAGAGCUCAAAAAGAUAAUGACAUUAUUUAUCUUCAAAUGGUUCCAUCUGCUUCUUCGUUAGCUUUAAUUGGUAAAGCUAAUAUGGCAAAUCCCAAUAUUCCACCAGAAGUCAAAGAUCCUAUUUCUUUGAUGAAUGAAAGAUCCAUGUUGGGCGUGCCUUUGUUUGUAAAACUUGUCCCUUAUGCAGUACAUCAAGCUCUUAGUGUAUAUUCAGAUCGUAAAGAAAAACUAGUUAGAGAUGAGAUUUUAUCCAAACUUCACGAAUUGAUAAAUAUUUGUAACAGUACAUUGCGGUCCUUAAAUUUGCCGGCAGCACUUAAUGAAUCAGAACAACGUUCAAAUAUACCAUCAUCAAUUUUAGCCAUGUCUCGAGAAGUUCGUAAUGAAGGAGGUUUAGCAAGAUUAAAUGCUAUGUUUGAUACUUUACAAGAUAAAUCUAAAAUGAUCUAUCAAACUUUGGAUGAGGCUCUUGCUUUUUUGGAUCAAGAAUGCACUGAUGAUGAAGAAUUUAGAAAUAAAUUUGGUGCAAAAUGGGCUAGACCUAACUCUCUAUCAAAAAAUAGAGAAUUGACUGAAAAAGCAGCAAGCUAUAAGAAACUUAAUGAUCAAGCUUAUAAGAGUAAUAAGGUUCUCCAAAAUGGAUUAGAACAACAAACAGAAGCUUUAGAUUUAUUGAGCUCUGAUCAAGAAAUGCUAGAAGAACGCAUUCCUUCAGAAUUUCAAUCAUCAGAACCAGAUAUGGAUGGAAUUAAAAAAAUCAAAGAUGAAUUAAGGGUUUUAAUAAAUCAAUCAUUUCAAAUUAUGAAAGAAUGUGAAACUAAAAUUCAAGAAGUGAAAAAGGCUGCAGAUUUAGAUGAUAUUUCACCUAUAUUACUUAAGGAAGCUGCAAAGAUAAGCUCAGCUAGUAAUACAUCUAUUAAACUUGAACCUGCUCAUUUUGAAGAUUUAUUUAUUGAACAGUUGAAAAAAUAUGAUAGCUUUUUAUCAACAUAUAAUAAAUUAUCUGAUGUGCAAGAAAAAGUUUUGGCAUCUAUAUCUGACAAGUUUGAAGAAUAUAAUAAAAAAAGAAGAAUCGCAUUAAAUAAUCCAAAUAGAGUUCAGUUUAUACAAAAUCUUGAAACUGGUUAUAAAUAUUUCACUAAUAUACUUCAACGAUUGCAGGAAGGAAUGGCGUUUUAUGCUCGUUCACAAGCAAAUGUAGAUGAACUUAAGCAAAAUUGUCAAGCCUUUUCCGCUAUUCGUAAAAAAGAAGCUGAACAUCUUGCAGAUGUACUUUCAGGAUCAAUGAAAAAUCUUAAUAUCUCACAACCUGCAUCUCCUCUAGUAUGGAAUAAAGGUAUGCAAAUAUCAUUCUCACCUACAUCGCAAGGAUAUUCAAGACCACCACCACCACCACCACCAAAAUGAUCUUAUCAAUAAUAUAAACUUAAUGUAGAAAAAAAAUUUUGAUAACUACUUAGAAUUAAACAGAAUAAUUUUUUUAAGAAAAAAAAAUUUAUAUUUA